AUGACUACGUGUGUUCCCAAAGUCUUCGCAUUCCAUGAGUUCUCGGACGUGGCAGAAGCUGUAGCAGACUACGUUGUCUAUGCUCAGAAUAUCGCCCUCAGACCAAAGGAAAGCAAUAACAAUAGCAAGAGACCAUCAAUCUCCUCCACCAGUGUCGUAAACAAUGGUAACAACCUUAAUGCUCCAAUGGAUGGAUUGAGUCUGGAUAAAUCAUCGCGUUCUUCAUCUAGAUCCUCGUCCACUACCUCCGCAUCCACAUCCAUAUCUCAUCAAAGUACAGUCACCGUAAAUAAAUUAAAGAGACCCAAAGAGAUUAGAUUCAAGAUUGCUAUUUCAGGUGGGUCUUUAAUCCAAGUGCUCCAUGAGGGGUUAUUAAAGAGGACGGAUAUUAGAUGGGAUAAAUGGGAUAUUUAUUUCGCAGAUGAAAGAUUAGUACCAUUUGAAUCAUCUGAAAGUAAUUAUGGUCAAUCAAAGAGGAAAAUUUUGGAUUUAAUUGAUACAGAGAAAUAUGGGACUCCGAACGUUUUCCAUAUCGAUGAAUCCCUUAUUGAUGAUCCUCAAGAGUGUGCUGAUGCCUAUGAAAAAGUUCUCAUUAAGGGAUUUGCUGGUAGAGACUCUGUGAAACUACCGAUGUUCGAUUUGUUUUUAUUAGGAUGUGCACCUGAUGGGCACAUAGCAUCUUUAUUCCCCAAUUUCCAAGAUAAUUUAAGAGAGAAAUAUGCCUGGGUAGUCCCCGUAGAGAAUGCACCCAGUGGACCAUCCAAUAGAAUUUCAUUGACCAUCCCAAUAAUUUGUCAUUCUCAUCGUGUUAGUUUCGUAGUGGAAGGUGCCGUGAAGGCCCCCAUUAUUAAGACUAUCAUGGAGAGACCUGAAAAGGGAUUACCAAGUAGUAUUGUUAACGAAGGUGCCGCUGGUCGUGUAUCUUGGUUUGUGGAUGAUGAUGCAUUGAAUGACGUUUUCGUGCUGAAGAAGAAGUAUAAAUUCAGAGAAGUAGGCUCCUCUAAUACAACAACCUAA